AUGGACUCCCAGGACCUGCAUGACACGGUGGCCGACCAUGUCAACUUCGUCCCUCUUCGGGACAACGGUUGGCAGGGACUCCCAGACCUGCCAACCGCGGGAGAGUUGAACCCCCCCUGGAGUUCGGGAGACAUCUCCCAAACCGUCAUGGGAGUGUUGGGACGAAACGAUAUCACGAGGGCAUACGGGUCCAAGGAUCACUACCUUGAGACCCACUAUCGUCUCAACAGAGAGGAAGGCGUGGCAUUCCUCCGAUCCGGAGUCAGAGAGUUCAAGGAACAACCUUGGAUGGGAGACACUGAGACCACCAUGGUCUACACCAAGGUAGCUGUCAAGGGCUACCUGAUGUCAGCCCUUGGGCCUGUCUGUCGCUUGCAGUUCUCGACGGAGCGAGCUGGCAAACGCAUCCAAUGGUCCGUCAGCUCAAGGCUGACACCCGGUACUGUCGUCGCGAUCUCAACAGCGACCGACAGCUUUCGAAGCCUGUGCUCGACUGCCGUCGUAAUGGGACGUAACAUCGAGGACUUGGCCAAAAGUCCCCCCACAAUUGACAUUAAGUGGGCGGAGACGGAACAGAUGGUCUUCGACCCCACAGAGGAGCUCGUCAUGAUCGAGGCCCGAAGCGGCUUCUAUGAGGCGGUUCGGCAUACCCUCGUCGGACUGCAACAUGUUGCCAGGUCAAACAGCCCACUCCUCAAAUAUCUCGUCGAGGGGAGCAUGCAGGAUAAUUCCCCUCAAUUCAUCAAAAACAAUGGCCGAAUGGAUCUCACGUCGAUCUUGCACCACAUACCAGACCACGGCGACCAGCGGCAAGAGAUUUUAAACAAGUACAGCAAUUUCGACGUCCGCGGUGGAAUGCCAAACGAGAUUCGAAAAUACACGAAUCUGGACGGCUCUCAGUUCCGAGCGGUCCAUCGACUGUUGACAAAGGAGCUCGCCAUUUGCCAGGGUCCACCUGGAACAGGCAAAACAUACACGUCUGUCCAGGCUCUUCAGUGCAUGGUCAACAAUCUCACCGCUGGUAUGAGAAAGAAUCCAGAGGACGUCAUUGUGGUAGCCGCUGAGACGAAUCAUGCUGUUGAUCAGAUCUUGACCCACUUGAUCAAGGCUGGAGUUAGCGUGGUUCGGCUUGGAAGCCGAACUCGAGAUGAGGAUAUCAAGGGGUUCAGUCUCUUCAAUCUCCGCCGGAACGUCAAGUCUGUCCAGAGUCGUGACUACAAUAAUGUGAACGCAGCUCGACAAAGGAUUAUCCGCGACAUUGAACUGGCGGUUGCAGAGAUUUUCUCAAAGGAGCUCCUGGACCCAUCUGUCUUGCACGAGUACGGAAUCAUCACCAAGGACCAGUUCGACUCCGUCUCUGGUGAGUCUUGGGGUUGGAUUCCCGCGCCAGGAAGACCAAACGGUAUCAUGGCUGAGUGGUUGGAUAACGCCGCUCGAGACGUCCAGAUACACAUUAAGCAGUCAGUCUUUGAUGUGGAUGAGCCGCUGGAUGAGCGUCACGACGGAGUAGACACGGCAGAGUGGGAGCUUGAUGUCGACGACCCAACCAACGAUUCCAGUCCAGACUCCUUUCGCUUGCAAGGUCGAUUCGUUGAGAUCAAACGCAAGUGGGGUGGAGAGAACCCGGAGAGUCUUGCCGGCAAUACACCUAUGUUGCUUCGUCACCUCGCAAAGAACGAUCUAUGGGACAUACCCGAGAAGUGGCGCGGUCCAAUCUACGAGUACUGGCACAAGAAGUUGUUGGAUAUUCGAUCCGACGCUUUGCUCCGACUUUUUGCCAACUAUACUCGCAUCUGUAACAAUCUGAAGAUCAGCGGCUGGAAGAGGGAUGUUGAGUGUAUCAAGACGAAGGGCAUUCAUGUCAUUGGCUGUACCACAACUGGUCUCUCCAAGUACCGUGGGCUUCUCGCAGCUCUGGAACCCAAGACCCUGCUUGUCGAGGAGGCUGCUCAAAGUCGCGAAGCUCACAUCGCCGCUGCACUACUGCCCAGUCUCCAGCAGCUCAUUCUCGUUGGGGACCACCAGCAGUUGGUCCCACACUGUGACGUUCCCGGUCUAGCAGACGGAUUUCACAACCUCACUGUGUCCAUGUUCGAGCGUCUGGUAGAAUAUUUGCACUUACCAUACACCAUCCUGAAUCAACAACGCCGCAUGAUUCCCGAGAUCAGAUCUGUUCUGAACCCUUUUUACCCUGGACUCGGUGACCACCCUGUGGUUAUGGACAAGACACUGCGCCCUGAUGUUCCCGGAAUGCCCGUCAACUUGUACCUCUUCAAUCACGACUGGGUUGAGAGUAUUGACUUGGAAUCCUUCAGCAAGCUCAAUACAGAAGAAGCAAUGAUGGUUGUCCGAUUUGCCAUCUACCUCUUGCAGAACCAAGUUCGGCCCGAACAAAUCACCAUUCUGACAUUUUAUCGUGGGCAGGUCAAGAAGAUAAGGAAGCUCCUUCGACAAUACAUGUUGCCUUUGUUUGGCCCCGAGGUUCAUCGCGGUGUCCGUCUAAGUACGGUUGACUCAUACCAAGGCGAAGAGAACGACAUUAUACUGCUUUCACUCGUGCGCAGUAAUUUCCGAAAGAAUCACGCGGUCGCUGGAUUUGUUGGUGACAUGAAUCGAAGCGUUGUGUCCAUCAGCCGUGCCAAGCGUGGUUUCUACAUUUUCGGCAAUAUUGACAAUCUCGCAUCUGCAACCGAGACCUCGCGUUUCAUGUGGGGCAAUGUGCAGAGAGUGUUUGAAGGUCUUGGUCGAUACAGCCCAGCCGCGUCAAGUCUCCCACUGCGAUGUCAGAACCACGGUAACAUUACCUACGCUGCAAAUGCCGAAGAUCUCCAGACUCGACACGGCGGCUGCUUCGAGAAGUGCACCGGCAAUUUCCAGCCUUGUGGCCAUCAGUGCGAACGACUUUGCCAUCCCAUGUCACAUGACAAGCUCAUUUGUCAACACGCCUGUGAGCGAAAGCUUCAAUGCGGUCACAGUUGCAGAAAUAUCUGUGGUGAUGACUGCCACUGUGAGCAGAAUUGUGCGCAAUUCAAGCGAUUGAAGUCUUUGCCGACGUCCUCAGACCAAGCAAACUCUGUUAGUCGUUUUCAAGUGGCCAAUUCAGCAGAAGACACUGCCGUCAAUAGAUGGACAAACUGGCAACCAUCCAGCGACAGAGUUCUCGAACGUCCUGCUCCAUCAAUGACACAGACAGUCGAGACUAAUACGGGCUUCCACGACACCUUCCGCCCCGUCCGCAUCGGGCAGGAUGGUCAGAGACUGACAGGCCGACCUAUUAUCGUCGUCCAGCAGCAAGCCCGAUCGCAAGUACAAGUCCUCGACAAGGAGCAGCAGCAGCAGAACGGGAUUAGCAGUAAUGAGAGUGGCAGCACAUCGUCGAGUACUACCCAAAGCGCAACCCGCUUGCAGGCUCCCAGUUCCUUGCCCCAACAGCAGGCCUAUUUGUCCGGUGAACAUGAUGAUUCGAGCAACCAUGGGCUUUCAGAUGCUUUUUUCCAAAAGGUCACCAUCAGAGUCAAGCGAGACCGUGUUCCUAAUGAGUGGGAAGUCUCGAGUGAAGAUGAUGAGGAAGAUGGAGACCAAUAUACACAAUUGCGGUCGCACAAUGAAGACGUUGAGGAUCAGGAUAACGAUGAUUGCGAGAGUGACUUGAUCACUUUCUGA